AUGGGGGGCGAAGAAACCGAGAUUAUCCUGUUCAGCUCGAGGGGCGAAAGAGAUGACCGUCGCGACCGACACAGAGACCGUGAUCGCCGCCGCUCUCGAUCACCAGACCACCGUGGUGGUGGUGGCCAUCGCCGGCCUGAGGGAGACGUCGAUGCAUACUCUUCAAGUCGCAGCCACCGUGAUAGGGAACGUGAGGACAGAUACUCAUCGGCGCGCGACCGUCGGGGCGACCGCGAGUGGGACCGUGACCGAGGCUCUUACCGCAGAGAUGCUCGACGUGACGACGACGAGAGGCCCAACCGACGAGACCGAGAUGGAUACGACGAUCGCCGAAGAGGAGGACGAGAGCGAGAGAGGCGUGAUGAUGGGUUUGCUAGGCAGGAGCAGCCACGCCGCAGCCCGUCGCCCCCCAAGAAACGAGAACCCACUCCCGAUUUGACGGACGUUAUCCCCGUGCUGGAGCGUAAGCGACGUUUGACGCAGUGGGAUAUAAAGCCUCCUGGCUAUGACCUCGUGACGGCCGAGCAAGCCAAGCUUUCUGGCAUGUUUCCCCUUCCAGGUGCCCCUCGUCAACAGCCGAUGGAUCCAACAAAGCUGCAAGCCUUCAUGACUCAACCCGGUGGCCAAGUCACCAGCGCAGGACUCAAGGCGAGCAACUCUCGCCAGGCAAAACGCCUGCUCGUUUCCAACGUCUCAAGCGGUGUUACCGAAGACGCCCUGAUCUCCUUCUUCAACCUACAACUGAAUGGGCUGAAUGUCAUUGAGAGCUCUGAUCCUUGCGUUCUCUGCCAGUUUUCUCAAGACAAGGCAUUUGCCGUCCUAGAGUUCAGAAACGCGUCUGACGCAACUGUUGCGCUCGCAUUGGAUGGCAUCACCAUGGAGGCCGAUGAUGCACAGAAUGGUACCGCCAAUGGUGGCAACCACGGGCUGAAUAUCCGCCGACCCAAGGACUAUGUCAUGCCUGCGCUGCCAGAUGAGAUGCCCUACGACCCAGAAGUCAUAUCCAACGUGGUGCCUGAUACUGUGCACAAGCUGUGCAUCACCAACAUUCCGUCUUUCAUUAACGAGGAUCAAGUUAUUGAGCUGCUCGCCGCAUUUGGCAAGCCCAAAGCGUUUGUUCUGGUGAAAGACCGCAGUACCGAAGAAUCUAGGGGAAUUGCAUUUACCGAAUAUCUUGAGCCUUCCACAGCGAACGAGCCUGCCUUGAAUAGCCUGAACGGAAUGGAUAUGGGCGGCAAGAAGCUCAAGGUGACGAAAGCCAGCAUUGGACCUACACAGGUCGCAAACUUUGACGUGGGCAUCACUGCGAUCAGUGGUCUCGCUUCUCAAACCUCCAAUGACAUUGAGAGAAGCUCCGUCAUCCAGCUUCUCAACAUGGUCACUCCUGAAGAGCUUCUGGACAACGACGAUUACGAAGAAAUCUGCGAAGACGUUCAGGACGAAUGUUCCAAGUUUGGCAAGGUCGUGGAGCUCAAAGUUCCCAGACCAUCUGGCGGCAGCAGGCAAUCCACCGGUGUAGGCAAGAUAUACGUCAAGUUCGAUUCCGAAGAAUCCGCCACCAAAGCUCUCACAGCUCUUGCUGGAAGAAAGUUCGCCGACCGAACUGUAGUGGCAACGUAUUUCCCAGAGGAAAACUUCGAAGUAGGCGCUUGGUAA